UGAAGGAGAAGAACUGAAGUGUGAAACUGAGCAAUAGUUCACAGUGUGUUAGAAAGCACAAUAGUUUGACGCACGAUGAAGCUUCUUUUUCAGGUCCUUUUGCUGGUUGUAAUGUUCGCUUUACAGAAAAGCCAGGAAGCAGAGUUUGAUUACGGGGUUGAACCAACUUCACAGGUUAUCUUUUCAGAUAUGUUCGAGGCAAGUUAUUAUGAUUAUGGAGAUAUGCAAGAAGAUGUUGAUGAAGUUAUGGUCCAGCCAGAUGAUGAAUCUGUGGAAAAUGUUACAGUGCCGAACAUCACAGUGUACCGACAGAUGGAAGACAGAGAGCAUGAUAGAGUCAUAGUGGUGUGCAUGUUUGACCAGAUGUUUAAAUGGGGAUUCAGUUGGCGGAUGGUGUCUUUUAAGCUGUCUGUGGAGAGUGAACUGAACUACACCACAGAAACAGAGGAUUGCACUUCUUUAGAAAGAGAAACAUGUGUGUAUAUGGUCACUGUGAGUCCACCUGCUUCCUUCACCUGUGAACAUGAGAUUUAUUCUAAUGGAGAUUUCAAGAACCUGCGCAGCCAGACCUACACUUACAAGCGUUCAGUCUUGGAUCAUCAUGAGGAAGGAGCGUCUUUAUUCUACAUCUGCUUUUCCUCCUUCAUUGCUGUUGGUCUCUUCAUCAUGACUGUGGCAGUGAUCGUGACCACCAUCCGAAGCAAAGCUAAAGACUCCGUCAUCAACCCCACAACUGUUACAGACAACGACUACAUGGAUGCAUAAAUAAUCAGAAGACUUUCUGAAGAGAGAAGAACAGACCUGAAGAGGAGAAAACAACUUCUACUGCGCAUUUACAUUUUACAAUUAAUCAUUUAGCAGAUGUUUUUUUUUUCCAAAGUGACUUACAAAUGAGAAGAGCAAUAGAAGCACUCAAACCAACAGUAGCAUAUGGCAAAAAAAGUAAGUGCCUUUUUAAAAAAUGUUUUUGUGAUGAUACAAUUGUAUUUUCUCAUUAGGAUAAAAUGUGUAUGUUGUAACAUUCUUUAUUUGUAUAUUUAGAUAAAAAUGCUUGCUAAAUAAAUUAAUAUAACAAUAAAUGAUUAAUUUACA